AUGAGUGGUACUGUGAAGGAUAUCGUUUCAAAGGAGGAGCUUGAUAACUUGCGCCACAGCGGAGCACCACUCGUGCUUCACUUCUGGGCUUCUUGGUGUGACGCUUCGAAGCAGAUGGAUCAAGUUUUCUCUCAUCUCGCUACUGAUUUCCCUCGUGCUCACUUCUUUAGGGUAGAAGCUGAGGAACAUCCUGAGAUAUCUGAGGCUUAUUCUGUUGCUCUUGUGCCGUAUUUCGUCUUCUUCAAGGAUGGCAAAACUGUGGAUACACUUGAAGGGGCAGAUCCAUCAAGUUUAGCUAAUAAAGUUGGCAAAGUUGCUGGUUCUAUUACUCCUGCAAGCUUAGGGUUGGCUGCAGGGCCAACGAUUCUUGAAACUGUUAAGAAGAAUGCGAAAGCUUCUGGACAAGACCGAGCUCAGCCUGUAUCUACCGCUGAUGCUCUCAAGAAUCGUUUGGAAAAACUCACCCUGUUAUGUUAUUCAUGAAUGGUACUCCUGAAGAGCCUCGAUUUUUAAUAUCUAUUGAGUACUUUCUUUAUAGUUGGAAUUCUUGUGGAUAUAUAUCAGGUAGCUACUUGGAGCAAACAUGUUGCUAAAGUUGACCUGCUACUGUUGUUUGAAGAACACGUGCUAUGUCUUGUCGUUGAAGGAAUUAUGUUCAUAUGGGAAGAACAUAAGCCUACUGGAAAGUUUACCCCUAGCUCUAUUGUUAACCCAGAUACUUGAG